AAUACAUCAAAACGAUGUCAUUUCGUGACUCAGUAGAUUAUGCAUCCCAAGAUCGCAUCAGUCAACUUGCUCGUACCUAUUGGACUACAACUCAGCAGUCAUUAGAAAAUAACCAUUCAUCAGCAUGUCCAACAGAUGUAUACAGACCUUUUCAAUCACAUGUGAUGGAACGGAUUUAUCGCCAAGAGUUACUGGCAUCUGGAUUUUCACAUCGUCGAUGUCUAGCUCUUGAAACGAAUCAAUACUUAGAACAAUGGCUUUGGCCACAUUUUGAACCAAAUACUAGUAGCCGUGCUCAUGUCUUAUCAAUAUGUGCAAUGGUUAAUGAAAAAGCCCGUGGUCGUGUUCCCAUAUGGCCGACUUUUGUAGCUACAGCGGAUAAAUUUAGUGGACUUAUUCAAAGAGUACUACAUAUUCUACUAGAUGAAUCAUCACAAAUAUUGACAGUGAAUCCGCUACUCACUGAAAUUAUUCAAAAGUCUACAAAUGAUGAUAAUCAUCAUCAUCACACUAAUCAUAAUAAUGCAGAACAGAAACAACAAGAUACUGAUCAAUCAUCCAAUUCAACAGAACAAAAAAAAUGUAUUCUAGAACAUAUAGUCCUGAUUAUUUUCUUAUCACAUUGUUUUACAAAUCUAGCUGAAGUCGGUGUAUUACGACGUAGUCUUCGUGAAUUAUACAGUUUAGCUAUUUGGCAAGAUCAUCUUCAACCGAAUCGUUUAAGUCUUGAAUUAAAAGCUCAUCCACGAUAUGCUCGUUUAUUGAAAAAAUUACAAAAAUAUCGUGAUACAAAAAUUUCUCCUAUUGAACGUGAUAAUAUGAUAUUUCAACAUUCAUUUAUUCCACGUAUUUUGGAUGUAUUUUUAACUUUGUUAAAUUCAAUACCUGAAAAAGAUGAAGAUAAGCCUAUAGAACCUUUGUUAAUUCACUACUUGGAACGUUUCAUCUUAUUGUUAGUUGAUUUGGAAAGUAUGCUAUUGACACGUCGAAUAUUAAAUGUUAUUCUUGACGAUAGGCAUAUUGUUGUAUAUUGUCAAAAAUCUGCGCUUAUCAAACGUCCAGAUGGAAAGUUAUUUUCUGAAUUGGUUGAUUUAUUAGCUUUCUAUGCUCAUUUUCAUAUUGAUGAAAGUACUGGUGAACCAUUGGAUGAAUCAGAAAUGGAUAAAAGACAUUGUGCUAAACUAAGUAAUUUACAAUUGAAAACAUUUGCAUUGUAUAAAGAUAAACUGUUAUCAUUUUGUGUUUCACAUCCGGCUGGUAUUGAAUCAACACAAUUAUUACGUAAACAUUUAUCAGUAUUAGAUAAAGAUCAAUUGCAUCAAUUAGCUUCAUGUUUUGGUCUUGUUACAUUGAAAAAAGAAUCUAUACAAAGCAGGAGUAUUGAAUAUAAUGAACAAAAUAAGAUUGAUGAGAAUGGCGAUCAUAAUGAUGAUGAGAAUGAUCAAUUGCCACCUUCAAAACGAAUUUGUUUAAAUGAUCAACAUGCGAAGGAGUUUAGCUUAAAUUGUCUUCGAGAUAAAUUAGAAGCUAAACUAAUGGAUAAAGAUUUGAUUAUUCGUAUUUUAAUUCAUCAUUUUGCUCGUCGUCAAUCCGAAUUAGAAUAUAUCAAUAGUCUGUCAUUAUAUCCUACAGAAGAUCUGAUUUGGGAUGAGAAUCGUGUACCGACAGAAUAUUAUUCUGGUGAAAAUUGUUUAGCUUUACCGAAAUUAGGCUUACAAUUUCUAACGUUACAAGAUUAUUUACUAAGAAAUUUCAAUUUAUUUCGUUUAGAAUCAACUUAUGAAAUUCGACAAGAUAUUGAAGAUGCUAUUGUUCGUUUGAAAGCAUGGCGUGGUGAAUUUGGUCAAGCAGUUUUUGAUGGUUGGUCAAGAAUGGCUUUACCAAUACAAGCAUUUAAUAUUGUUGAAGUAGCUAAACCAGAUUUAGGUGCUAAACAUCCAGCACGUGUACGUGCUGAUGUACGCGUUGCACUUGCUGGUCUUCGUCCAGAAAUUCGUAAAGAAUGGCUUGGUUUACGACGUCAUGAUCCAGUGUUUUUAGUUACAAUACGACCUACUAAACAACAAGGAUGGAAAUUUAACAUGAAUGAACCAUUUGCAUCACAAGUUGGUUUACAUUAUGUUCGUGGUUGUGAAAUUGAAGGUCAAGUUGAUAAAGAAGGCAAACUAGUACCGGAUGAAGAACGUCUAGGCUUUUUACCAUUAAAAGGAGAGAAACCUAGCUUAGUGGAUACACUGCCAACAUGGCGUGUACGUUUAGAUCCUGUACAAUAUCAAACAGAUUUAGAUCAUUUAAAAGCUGAACAAAUGCGUGCUGAAGUGCUAAGAUCAAAAGUGAUUCGAGCAAAACGUGAAGGACGUACCAUGGAAGAAAUUCAAGCAUUACAAGUUCAAGUUGAUGAAGCUGAACAAUUGUCUCCGGAAGAUUUAUAUGAUACAUUCAAUGUUUUAAUUAGACGUAAACCAAAAGAAAAUAAUUUCAAAGCUGUUUUGGAAACUAUAAGAGAUCUAAUGAAUAUUCGAUCUGUUGUACCUGAAUGGUUAUUAGAUUUACUGAUGGGUUAUCUUGAUCCUGCAGCUGCACAUUAUACACAUCGUUCAGAUGUAUAUGAACCACGACAAAAUUGGUUUGAUACAUUUUUAUCACCGGAACAUUUACAACAAUCAUUAUCUCAAUAUAAUGUACAAUUUACCGAUAAACGUCAAAGUCGUAAAUGGAAAACUAAUUGUCCAACUGAAAUAUCUGAUAUCACUGACUCAGAAAAUCAUCUACCUGGACCACCGUACCGAUUGGUUUUUCCAAAGUUGGAAGAUGAUCCAACCGCGAAAGUUGAAGCAAUGAUUCCAUCCGAUAUGAUUAUUCAAAAGCAUUCAACUACUAGCGGUAAUGUAGAUGCUACUACUGACAAUCAAUCGAAAAAUACUGAAAAACCAACUUUGAUCGCGGAAGCCUAUGAUCCACCUUUACAACCACCUUGGAAUUUAAUUGCUCAAGCUGGAGGUCAUCUGCCGAGUAGUCUUUCAUCGAUGAAGUUGAAACUUGGCAAUAAAGUCCCAUUCACACCGGCACAAAUAGAAGCUAUUCGAUCUGGUAUGCAAUGUGGUUUAACUUUGGUAGUUGGUCCACCGGGUACUGGGAAAACCGACGUAGCUGUACAAAUUAUUCAUAAUUUAUAUCAUAAUUAUCCUAAUCAACGUAUACUAAUUGUAACUCAUUCAAAUCAAGCAUUGAAUCAAUUAUUUGAGAAAAUUAUUGCACUCGAUGUUGAUGAACGUCAUCUUUUACGUUUAGGUCAUGGAGAAGAAGGUUUAGAUACAGAUAAAGAUUUUUCACGUUAUGGUCGAGUUGAUUAUAUUCUAGCUAAACGUAUACAUCUUUUACAAGAAGUGACACGUUUAGCAAAAACUUUAAAUCCAUCCUCAGCUAUACCACAAUUAUCAACUGACCUAUCAGAUUCAGAUUUAUCUGAUGCUACAAAUAAUUUUCACUUGCAAACAUGUGAAACUGCUCAAUAUUUUUAUAUACAAGAAGUUUUAUCACGUUGGGAAGAUUUUAUUAGUAAAAUUGCUGCAUCGGACACAUCGAAACAGCUAAUGCUUAUGAAUACAAAUCAUCAAUCGAAUCAAUUCAAUGCAGAAGAAACAGAAGAAGGAAAAAGAGAAGAACAAGACCCAAUGAAUGAGACUAGUUAUGAUGCCAACUUGAUACGAACUAAUUUUCCAUUCACAGAAUUUUUCACUGGUCAAAAAUCACCAUCCAAUGAAAUAAUGAAUCAAUUGUUUCCGGGUCGAAAUCUUCUAGAAGAUGUUGCAUUAGCACAAGCCUAUUUUCGUUAUCUUCAUUCAAUAUUUACACAACUUGAUGAAUUUCGUGCUUUUGAAUUAAUGCGUACCGGUACUGAACGUGCUAAUUACCUGUUAAUACAAGAAGCAAAAAUCAUUGCAAUGACAUGUACACAUGCUGCAUUACGUCGUAGAGAUUUAGUUCAAUUAGGAUUUACCUAUGACACUAUACUUAUGGAAGAAGCAGCACAAAUAUUAGAAAUUGAAACAUUUAUCCCGUUACUUUUACAAAAUCCUGAUAUAUCAGGCAGGAAUCGUUUGAAACGUUGGAUUAUGAUUGGUGAUCAUCAUCAGUUGCCACCAGUUGUUAAAAAUCAAGCAUUUAAUAAUUAUUCUAAUAUGGGUCAAUCAUUAUUUGCACGUUUAGUGAAACUUGGUGUUCCAACUGUUCAAUUGGAUGCACAAGGACGUGCUAGAUCAUCAUUAUCACGUUUAUAUAGUUGGCGAUAUAAUCGACUAAUUGAUUUACCGCAUACAUUAAAUGAAUUACAAUAUUGUUUAGCUAAUCCAGGUUUUCUAUAUGAUGUACAAUUAAUCAAUGUAGAAGAUUAUAAAGGAAUCGGUGAAUCGGAACCUAGUCCAUAUUUUUAUCAAAAUUUAGCUGAAGCUGAAUAUGUUGUUGCAGUCUACAUGUAUAUGCGUAUAUUAGGUUAUCCAGCUGAAAAAAUCACAAUACUCACAACUUACAAUGGUCAAAAACAUUUAAUUCGUGAUGUGAUAGCUGCUCGUUGUGCACAAAAUCCUUUAUUAGGUAAUCCAAGUAAAGUGACCACUGUAGAUCGUUUUCAAGGUCAACAAAAUGAUUAUGUACUAGUUUCAUUGGUACGUACACGUACUGUUGGUCAUUUACGUGAUGUUCGUCGUUUAAUUGUUGCUUUAUCACGUGCUAGACUUGGAUUGUAUAUAUUUGCUAGAAUUGAACAAUUUGCCAAUUGUCCUGAAUUAAAAACUGCUUUUGAUUUACUACUAAAUCGUACAACAACAUCUGAAAAAGGUGUACAAAUGAAACCGACCGAAUUACAUCUUACACCAUGGGAAGUGUGGAUUGAUCCUCGUAGUCCGAUGGCAUUGAAAGCGCCAUAUCGUAUGCAAUCCGAUCAGAAUCUUAAUCAACCACCUUUAAUUAUUAAAGAUAUGCCACAGAUGAGCAGUUAUGUUCGUGAAUUAUACGAUCAAAAAUUACAAUAUUUACUGGCUCAAUUACAAAAACAACAACCUCAACAAACCACACAACCGAAAACAACAUCAGUAACGACUGCUGCUGGUACUAGCACUACUGUUGAUAUCACUAGUCAGCCCAUCGCAAGCACAGAUUUAAAUGAAUUGCCUCCAGAACAACUACAACAACAACAGCAUCAAACGAAAUUGACUACUAUUGAAAAUAAUGCUGAUAAUCUGAUGGAAACAAGUCAAGAAGUAGAUAAUACUACUACCACUAGUCGUCUUAUGUCGACUGAUGAUGAUGAGGAUGAUGAAGAAGAAGCCACCGGCAUUCCUAUCGAUAAUGUUGCUGCUACCACUACUACAACCGCUAACAUCAACAGCACAGAUGAAGCUAACGCUGAUAAUUCUGUAGAAAUGUCAGAUAUUAAUUAAUAUUUUCAUCCAUAUUGUAUCUCUUUUAAUGUCUCAUGUGUAUAAUUUUUUUUUUGAUUGUGCUGAUUGUAUAGAAUAAAUCUAAUUUAAA